AUGCGUCUCCACCUUGUUAUCUCACGCCAUGGCCUGCCGGUCACGCGCAUUCUCUGGACGACGACUUCGUCUAACUCUGUGCUAGGCGAAUAUGGGACUCAUCGCCCAGCAUCGACUGCAGCUGUCGCAUCUUCUCGCACCCCAAACAUCGCCUUCUCUAAUGGCGGGUACACGGUCGCACAACUCCUCGAGGAUGUGAAUGAAGUUGUGCCUCUGGAGACUGAACCCAGUGUCUUUGAUGCAGAGUUCAGUGGCCAGUGGGGAUUGGAAGAUUAUGUUGUCGAAGUUGCUGGCUCGGAAUGUCUUCAUUUUAUGGAGGUUGACGGCUUGCUCCGAGAUGGAGACGAAGUUGUCAUCCGUGCCCUUCAAUUAGCAGACCUUCGGACCAGACGGCUGUGUGGUCGCCACCAGAUCACUGCUGAGGGCAAGCAUCUCAUUGACGGAGUGCCUUUCGGAUCACCGUUCUUGAAAAGAACUACAUCUACACGACCUGCGAUUACCAUACCCCCAAGGAAGAAACGGCGCACAGUUUUUUCUGGCUGGGAGAACGCUAGAGAGUAUGUGCCUGAGGAAGUCCAUGCCGAUGAGGAAGGUGAUGGAGAGUGGCUUCCACCUCCUAACACCGGGUUCGGGAAGGAGCUUUCCAUUAUGCCCGCCGAGCAUGAAGAGUCCCUGGGCACGGUUAUUCGCCAUCCUGUUGACCACACCGCGGAAUCUGAUAGUGAAGCGGAUAUGUCUGAAAUGCCUGGAAUUGAGGAGGAUGAGUUGGAGAGCGAACUCCAAGCGCUCAAAGAGGACUUUGAAGAAGCUUCUCAAUUUGUUGACAUCCGGAACCAGACUCAGAAUGCCAGUGGACAUACACUGCGUGCUGCGUCCAUAGUCAAGCGACCAACUUCCAAAGGAUCACUUGCAGCUGCAUCAUCUCUUUCCAGCAAGCGGUCUCGUGCAGAAGACUCAUCUCCCAGGGCCUCCAAGGCUGUGAGAUUCAAUAAGGGACAUGAUCAGGAGGAUGAGGAUAUGCCUGAUCUCCCACAACCUCCGCAGGCCCCACACGUUGAGGAAAGUGCUGCUGAAACUUCCGAUUCUGAUUCAUCCGAUUCAUCUGCGUCUUCUUCAGAUAGCGAUGCUGAUAAUGGUUCCGACGAUGAUGAUUCUUCGAGCGAGGUGGAGCCUGCGGCGGAGGCACCAUCUGAUUCUGAUUCUGAUUCCGAUUCAUCCUCAAGCUCCGAAGACUCGGAUUCAUCAGACUCAGAUUCCGAAGAGGAACCCCCGCGGCCUGUCGAAAAGGUCCAGCAACCAGUUUCUGUGGGCCCUCCUGGUGAAGGAUCCAUACGCACCAAGAAGAGUAACAACCGCAUCAAACUACGCCGCCGUCUAUCCAAGCUCAAGGAGCUAGGCGCUCUCCCCCAACAAGCAGGUUUCGAUGCAUUGCGGGAGUGGGAAGACAAGCACGGAGGCUGGCAUACUCCGGAACAAUAUCUUCACCCGGAGCCAUUCGUGAAACCCCAGCUGCCUGUGGAGCCCCAACCACCUGUGGAACCGGAGCAAGAAUCUGCCGAGUCUUCCAGCAAGAAGCAAAAGAGAGAAAAGAAAGAACAGGAGAAGAAAGAGUUUGAAGCCAGGCGCGAGAAACUGCUUCGCGAUCUUGCGUCGGGUCAUGGUGUUGAUGUGGGUGAGACAUCAGAGAAGGAAAAUGUCCCGCCUGUUGCAACUACCGUUGAAGAGACCCCUGUUUCAGAAGAAGUGCCCGGUGAGGAUCAGCUGGAGCAGGAACCUUCGAACCGACGUACCUUGGACAUAGCUAGCUCACGACGCAUGCUAUUUGGAUCUCUGGGAAUGCGAACCCCGAAGACCAAGGAAGAGGAAGAAGCAACACGGAGAAAGCUUGCUGCUAAAGCUAGUGCAUGCGGGCGCCGAAACAAAGUUUCUACGCGAGACGCCCAAGAGGAAACCGACCAGAUGCAGGAGGAUGAAGAUGCAUCCGACCUUGAUUGGCAAAACAAGCUUGUCAUCCGUGCUGUCGAGUGUCUCUAUCCCCAGGUUGAUAUGACCGCUCCUCCUUAUCCUUUUGUUCAACGUUGGGAUCAAGAAGCCAAUGCAUUGAUCCGUGAGCUCAAGGGCCCUAAUAAGAAGCGGAAGAGAAAGCAGCGUGUUCAGGUCUACGAAGAAUAUGAGGAGCAGGAGGAAUACGACGAAAAUGGGAAUUACUACGGCCAUGAUGACCAAUACCAAGGCGGAGAUGACCAAGCCAAUCACGAGGGUUAUUACGAAGGUGAAGCCGAUCCCCAUCAUGAAGGUCAUUGGGAAGGCGAAGCUGCUCCCUACUAUGAAGGUCAUUAUGCGGGCGAAGCUGAAGGAGAUCAGAUCAAUUAUGACGAUGCCCCUGAACCUGAACAAGCAUCCAACCCUACCUUCGAUGACCUACCUUCGGUUCCCGCCGACAUCGGUUCUAUUCCUGAUUUGACUGAAAGCGAGGCGAAGGUCGGCGCAAUCAUUGCAUUCCGGCAGCUAGACAUGUCCAAAGCUACGAACUGGCAGCCUCAAAUGUCUGAGUACCGAGUAGCUGAGGUGCGCUCUGUGAAAGACCAUGGAGUGAUUAAUGUACUGCUGGCCAAGCGAGACCGAAGGCCCCCAUCAGCAUCCGGCGAGGAUGAUGAGCCCCGUCAAUUCAGCAAGUUUGAAGUACCAGACCUAGCCAAUGACGAGGGAGAGGAUGACGGCUAUCGCGAGCUUGCCUUUGCGGAACUUAGCGACCCGAAGCUUCUCCAACCCGCAGCACAGUCGGGUGCCGAAUCUGAGGACCAGGACAAUACUCGAGAAGGUAGCAUUGUCUCUGUAGUUCACGAGUCCGUACCGAACGCCCAACCAGCCCUAUCUGAGGAAAUGUACCUUGACGACACAACCUUUGUCACCAUUGGAAAUGAAGUCAGCUAUCUUGAGACCCGUAGUGAAUCCCCGGGAGCGCCCGAUGAACCUAUCCAACAAACCCCUGGUAGAGGCCUUCCGCAGAUCCAAGUCCAGACUGGGUCUGAUGGGCGCAGUGUUACCCCUCCCAUCCCGUCGCCUUCUUUCAAUGGGUUUCACUCUGCUCGAUCCUGGCAGCAAACGACCCCUGGUGCUGAGCUCAGCCGCGAGCUUGAAGGCCAUACUCUGAUCGGAGGAGAAACGCCGUCUGCUUUAGUCAAUCGGGACGAGGAUCCUUCCGUGUUAUCAUACGCUUCUGCAAAUCAAUCCUUCGCGGAUGAACUUGAGGACCAAGAAAUGUCUGAUCAUCAAGAGCAUGAGCGCCAGGUUGUUGCUGGACCUCUCAUGCCGCCUGGCGAUUCGGGGGACAGCGGUCCUCAGUCCGGUUCACUUUUGUCCACCAUUGACCGUAGCGGUAAUGGUGGUGCAUCUAGUUCUCUGUUUGUGAAAAGAGAUACGGUGAGAGAAAAGCACAGUGCGACUCCCAACAGCUCUUCUGAAUCAUGGAGAGAUCUUUUGAACCGGUUAAGAAAUGGACCAUCGGAGCCAAGCGAGUCAGUCGUCACCAGCGAAGACAACAACAGUGAAGACAACGUCAGUGAAGACAACGUCAGUGAAGACAACGUCAGUGAAGACAACGUCAGUGAAGGCAAUCAGAGUCCCCAGCGGUUGGAAGACAGUCUGCAGCACUCCUACCUGGACCUCAAUUUCUCGCCGCUUGACUCCCCACGGGCAUCCAACUCGCGCUCUCCGCUCCCACCAAUGAGUGCCCAACAGGAUGCCCAGUCUCAAAAACAAAACUCAUUCCCUUCGCCAUUUGAGACGGAAUCCCCCGCCGCAUCUACUCGCUCUAAAUUCUCCCAGCGGGUGCAUGAAUUCAAACCCACCUCCCAAAUCCCCGCCUCCCAGGCAUCCGAAGUGAUUGACCUCACUUCCAGCCCGCGUGGAUCACCCGAACCCAGCAACUCUAAUACGAACCCAUCCGAGCGCUCCAAAUCUGCACGGUAUGGGAACUCACAACGUGAGAACACCCCUCGCUCGUCUGGACGUCCAUCCAGGGCUUCUACAGGAAAACUCCAACGUAUGGUGGAAGUGAGUAUUAGUCCUUCCAGCCAGAAGAAGAGGCGCUCGUCGCGAAAGUUCUGA